CAUCUUCUCAACAUUUACGCAAAUUUCAUUCGAUUCCACUCCAAAAAAUCUUAUCCCUAGCUUUAUCUCUCUGAAAAUGGCACCCAAGGCCGAGAAGAAGCCCGCGGAGAAGAAGCCUGCCGCCGAGAAGGCCCCCGCUGCAGAGAAGGCCCCGGCGGAGAAGAAGCCCAAGGCAGGGAAGAAGCUGCCGAAGGACGGCGGCGCCGCUGCCGGAGACAAGAAGAAGAAGAGGAACAAGAAGAGCGUGGAGACGUACAAGAUCUACAUCUUCAAGGUGUUGAAGCAGGUCCACCCUGACAUCGGUAUCUCCAGCAAGGCGAUGGGGAUCAUGAACAGCUUCAUCAACGACAUCUUCGAGAAGCUCGCCCAGGAAUCCUCCAAAUUGGCGAGGUACAACAAGAAGCCGACGAUCACCUCCCGUGAAAUCCAGACCGCCGUGAGGCUGGUGCUGCCUGGAGAGCUGGCGAAGCACGCUGUUUCGGAGGGGACUAAGGCUGUUACCAAAUUCACUAGUGCUUGAGUUGAAACGUUGUUAGGUUUGGGCUGAUUCACUAGUGCUUGAAUUUGAAAUGUUGUUAGAUUUGGGCUGAUUUUUAGGGUUUGAAGUAAGGAUUCUGUAAAUUAUGUUUUUGUUCACUACUUCUAGUUAAGUAGAAAGGGCUUUUGUAUGGUUUUAUGCGCUUUAUGAAUGAAUGUUAAAUUUGCUAACUUUUUACA